AUGGCGAUGCCCUGGAUCUAUGCCGUGCGCUUUGCACAGAUUCUCUUUGGCUUGAUUGUGGUUGCUUUGACUGCCUAUGUCAUCAGUGUCUGGGGUUAUCCAUGGACCAGCUACGACACAGUCAACUACCUCCUCUUCCUCGGCUGCUGGACCACCUUCCUGGCCACACCUUAUCUUCUCGCCGCGCCCAUCUACAUGCCCCGCCUGGCGCACCGGUUCGUGAUUCCCGCAGUCGAGGUCGUCACCAUGAUCUUCUGGUUUGCCGGCUUUAUCGCUCUAGGUGCCGAGUUGCCCGCACCAGUCUACUGCCGCUGGAGUGCAUGCCGGGCUUUGCAGGCUGUAACGGUGUUUGGAGCCUUUGAAUGGGUCCUUUUCGCUGUCACAACUUACUUUGCCAUCAUGGACCUCAAGGAGCAUCGACGAAGUGGCCAAACUGCACAGAAAAAACUUCCAAUAAUGCCCAACUGGGUGUUUAAAUGUAAGCGCACUUGA